CAAUAACCAAAUGUUGCGCGAGGCUUGGUACUGAAGUCAUUGUAAAAUGGCGGCCAAGAGUGGAGAUGUAAUUUUCAGAGUUGGCGAGCAGGCCGACACGUCAGACAUCUGGGAUGACACCGCACUAAUAGAGGCAUACGAUCGAGCAAUAAAUGCUAUUAAGAAUGGAGGGAAGAAUGGUGGCACAAAAGGAAAGAAUGGUGGUAAAAACAGGAAACAACAGUCCUCAAAGAAAAAGGACAAGAAGAAAACAACAGGGCAGACAAUUGAGUGGCAUGUUGGUGACAAAUGCCGGGCUUUUUACUCUGAAGAUGAACAGAUUUAUAAUGCAGUGGUAAUCUUGCUUGAUGGCAGUUCCAAUACUUGUGUAGUCAGGUUUUCUGGCUAUGGUAAUGAAGAAGAAAAGAACUUAGAUGAUCUUUUGCCACCAUCCAAAAGAGAUUUUAAGUCUCCCAGACAAAGUGGACAUCAUUGUGCUCAGCUGGCUUCCCCUGAACAAAAUAGUGGUGAUAAUGAAAUGGACUGGAGUACUGGGGGCCAGUCACCCAUCAGAUGGCAAGUAAGUGACUUGUGUCUAGCACCAGAACAACCAAGUCAGCACCUACAUGAAGCAGUUAUUAACUCUUUUCCAACACCAUACACUUGCAAGGUCACUUUCCUCAGAUCCAGACAAAGACAAGAUGUGGACCUAUCAACACUGAGGCCUUCACACUCGUCGCGCCAAGUACACCCCCACCAUCACAAUCAUCAUCAUCCUUACUUAACUGACCAAAGAUACCCUGUGUCAGGAGCCCCAUUUACCAGCCAUCAGUUUCCUAUGAAUUUCUUUACACCAUGUCCUCCUCCUCCUCCUGUUCCCCCUGUGCUCCUUCCUCAUCACUGGCCAAAUGCAGUUGGAUCACAACCCUCAGCACCUACAAACUCCUUUCCACAUGCACCUAUGCCUCCUCCUCCAGCUCCAGUAAACAGUAGUGAUGUUUCUCAUGACAAUGAUGCACUAGCCAGUAUGUUAAUGGCCUGGUACUUGAGUGGCUAUCACACAGGUUAUUAUCAGGCAAUGCAAAAUCUGCAUCACAGCUCUAACCCUGGAUCUAAUGAACCUCAAGUAUCUACAAGUGAUGCUUGUGAUGCAGAUACUAGUGAACAGACUACAGAUGAACUUCCUUUUGGAGCAAAACAGCAGUUGUGACAUUUUAUUAAAUUUUGUAGUUUAUUUCUUAGAGUGUAUGUUUGCAAUGAAAAAAAUUAUGAACUUGUAACAUUUAAUCACUAAUAAAUUUAUUAGCUAA